UGUUAACGGGUUUGUAAAUGAAUGAGCAAAACUGGAUUGAAAUUAGAGAAUGACUGGAUACAGUGAACAGUCUUUGUUCUUCGUCCGCGUUCCAGACCUGAGGAAACUCUGUAGUGUUUUUUUGUCCUUUCACAGUUCCUCGUAUGCAGCUGAUGCAGGAGAGCUAAGAAACAAUCAGGUGAAAACCUGCAGACAACUUUUGCAUUUGUAUUCUGAUAUUAUUGCAUGUCCUGUACUUGGUGCUUAUGGUGGGAUCACUGUUGUGAUGGCUAUAACCUUUUUUAAGAAAGGGGUCAUCCAGAUAUAUGCACAGAGCCACAGUCUUCAGAUUGGUUUACCUCAGCAGGUUCUGCCCAGCAUGUUUCAAACAUGUCUGUCUUACUCCCUUACUGCCAGAUUAGCCCCAAAUUGGAAUAAAGUGGGCCAAUACCUCAUCGAAGGGAGGGACUUCCUGUCUGAUGUAGGAAAGCGAAUUGCUGUUGUCCUGGAGUUGAGUGUGAAUGAGACUGAAGUGUGUGUCAGUGUGGAGGCUUGCACUGUAAGACUUCCCCCUGCAACGUUCAAGGACUUUGAUGUGCCUGCGCUUGUGAUGGAGAAAUUCCUAAGCAGCAGAGAUGCAGUUCUUCACACAAGGAUGCCAAAUAACUGGUGCUUUGUUCUGCCAAGCAUGAAGAAGGGUCAGGUGAUCAGCAUCAGUCGCACUUUGCCAGUGGAGUGUCCAUUUAAUUUAUAUGCUGAGCUUCAGAAUCACUGGAACAGCAUGUAUGGAUAUCAGCUGCCUCCAUUGACUCAGGAUGAAGUAGUGUAUUGCAGUGUGUAUUUUAAACCGAUUGGUGAGAAGCUUUUCACAUACCCACUGAGCUGUAUUCGCAUUCAGCCAGUGCAGUGUUUUCCCCGAGUAAACCUGCAGGGAGCGCUCGAAACCUUUUUAUCAGAUGUGGCGACGCUGUUGGAGAACGUCUGUGGCUUUACUGCACGAAUGACCAGCAAACCCUGCUACCAUACUACCAAACUGAGCACACCUAGUCUGCAGGAAUCAGGGACUCCUUCUGCUAACUUGACCAGAAAAAGCUCUAGCAGGCUUGUUUUGACCCAGCUCCCCAGUGUCUGUCCCUCAGAGAGGUUGCCUCUUUCUCAGUUGCUGCCUUUUCCGUGCGCACUGAGUCAGCCUGUAGGUCUGAACUACUUCAGACAGACAGACACAGUGAGAGGACAUGGAAAUAAUCAAAACCCCAGCACAACUUUAUCAUUAUCUCAAUGCCACGGCCCUGAGACACAGCAGUGCCGUCUAUCCCUCCCGUCAUUAACCUCAUCCUCCCCUCUUUCAGCAGUCCUGCCCUCACAUAGCAACACUCAUCCUGCACCACCAGUGCCCAAACUGGUUCCCAUUUUCAAAAACAAGUUGCUCACCCGGGAUGUUAAUGUCACUCAGAUUCUAGCUGAGAAAAAACUGCAGAAGCAAGCAGAGGCACAGAGACCUCACUUCCUUAUCUCAUCUCCUUCAUCCUCAUCUGGCCCAUCCACCUUUCCUUCUAUAGUCAGCCGACCAUCUGCUCCAAGAGUGUCACUGCCUUACUUUAAGAACCGUAAAGGAAAGCCAAGUGUCUGCACUACACCAGUACAGCCACUAUCACAAAUCCAACCUGCAGCCAUGACUAGGAUCCCCAACAAGAGAGGGGGUGAGAUGUUUCAGGUACAUCCAAAGAAGCCCAAAGUCAAUAUACAGGAUGUGGAUGUGGUGAAACUCGCAAGAAGUAAUCAGCUGGAAAAGGUCAACGCAGCUACUUUGCAGGCCUGGCUAAAAGGUCGAGGGGUCACGGUGUGCUCAAAAGACAAGAAGGAGAACCUGAUGUCAAAGGUCAUGCAGUGUCUGAGUGAACCAUGAAGCUAAGUCGCUAUCCAGACCUCUCUUGCUGGUUUAGGAUUUCUCUAUUAGGUAAAUACCACAGCAGGAUCUUUGUCUACUGAGUUUUUUCUCAUAUCAUUCACUAAGAGAUUAACAGGAGUCUAAAAAUUGAGCCAUGUUCCUUUGAUCUAACACUUAAUCUUUUAUCGGGCAUUAAGCAGGGCGUUAUGUUUUGCUCUAUGCAGAUAGGACUUAACUGGACAGCAGAGGUUUGUCAGCUCUGUUCUGUUAUGUGUUUAUAGUUUUACUGAGGUUUGAGUGCAUUUAAGAACCUGUUAAAGAAAAAGUUUGGCCAAAAAGGAAAUACAUGCAUUUCACUCUCUCAUGUGACGUCAAUAAGAAGAGAUAUUUUUCACUUCUUUAGUUUGGCACUGUAGCUAUGAGGCUUAUGUAUCUGAUUUAGCAUUCAGCAGAUGUCUUUAAAGCAAUUUAUUUAAUGAAGGGUUAAGGGCCUUUCUCAGGAUCCCAGCAGUGGUGCUUGAACCAUCAGUGUUCUGAUUACUUGUCCUGUACAGCAGGACUAGUAUGUAGGACCCCAUGUAGGGUCGCCUAUGUUGCAAAUGAGGAUGGAGUAGAUUUUUACAAAUCUGUGCAUAUAUAUUUCUAAACAAAUAAACCUAAUUUAUGGAUUGUUUCAAAUUACUAAAUGAAUGUUCAACAGCAUUCGAUUAUUUUAUCACUGGUGUCUAUUUAUUUUUAUUUGGGCGCUCCUUCCAUGUUUAGAAACGUUUACAUUUUGGCAUUUAGCAGAUGCUUUCAUCCAAAUUGACUAGACACAUUGCAAGCAAUUGAGGAACAGUGCCGACCUGGCAUUGGUGGGACUUGAACCAGCAACCUUCCAAUGAGUAGUCCAGUACAUUAACUGCUAAACUAUGUGAAACACACCCAGUCUAAUGGUCUCUUAUGUUUGGUUGGAUUUGGUUAUAAUGGCUGUUGUGGUAAGGUCACAAUAAUGUGGCCAAAAAAGUAGAAGUAAACCCUGCAUUACUGCCUCCAAUUUAGAAGAGUGAAAACUGUAUGCACAACACAUUUUGGAGCCAGAAUCACACUUUCUCAGCACGGUUUUAUGUCAGUCUACCUAUCCGACUCAGGUAGGACAUGUCUAAACUAAAUAUUAAAACAGGAAUUGCUAGACUGUUCGGCCAUCCUCUUUAUACAUAGCCAACCGUCCAGCAAUAGCGAGCUAGCUUAUUUUAUCACUGUGCCACCCAAGCGCCUGUAAAUCUGAUGAUAAUACAGUUCCAAUUUUGUUCAUUUAUUUAAACGAUCUUAAUAUCUGCUUUAUGCCGAUUAGAGUUACGAUGCAUCUGGAGCCAACCCAGACUUGAGAGGAACACACCCUGGACAGGACAUUGGGCAUCACAUGCUCACCAGAUUACUCCCUCAUGCACACGUAGGGGCAAUUUAAAAAAGCAAAUCCUGCUAGUAGCCUGUUUUGGGCAGGCUGUCAGAAACAAAACAUACAGGGAAAACAUACCAUACACAUAACUGGUAUAAAAAGGAUUAUAGGGUUUUAUGCAAACAGUUUAUUAUUUAAUGCAUUGCACAAAUAGUAUUGCAUGGCCAAACUGUAUUUUGGUGGUGCAGCAGUCUAAUGCAGUCUAGCCAACCACCACAGAAAACUGAGUUUAAGUCUUAGCAGUACCAGCUACAUUACUGCUUCAUACUUCCUUCUUGCCACCACAAGAACUGACAUAAAAACUGGUUGGUGAAAAAAAUUUGACUAAUCGCUUCAGCUGUGUUGAAAAAGUGCAGGGGAAUUGCAAAUGACAAAAUUGGGAUAAAGGGGGAAAGGUCUAAACUUCCCUUAAUUGUUACCUACAUUAGUCUGAUAGCUCCAGUGCAAAGCUAAAAAAAAUCAAAUUUUGAUGUAUAUUGGCUUGUUUUAUUGGAUGUACAUGUAGAACAGUGGAAAUUCAUUGUUUAGCAAAGUAUUCGUAAAGCAAGGUUAGGUUAGAAGUGUUAAAGCAAUGUAACAACAUAAUUGUGUAGCAAAAUGAGGCCAUAGUUCGAUAAAAUAUAAAUGUGUAUUGGUUUGUGAUGUAGGCUGUGCUGUUUUCUUCUCACGUUCAUCUUUAAAUCUAACACUUGGAGAAAAAACAUGGUCUGAAAGCCAAAAGCAUUUCAGAUCAGAGAAUCUCAGAUGAGAGCUGGUGCUGCAUGCUGCUGCCUCACUGCCGUGUUUAAUGUAAGUAUAAAAGGCUCCCAGUUCCACUAAUGAUACAUUCGAUGACAGAGAGCUGCGAGCCAGACGAUUUUUACUGAAAUGGAAAUUGGCCUGUGCCACCUUGAUGGCUAAUGACGGAAGCUUUUAGAGGGCCCAGUGUCAGCCGGCCUUUUUACUGCUUCUCACCUAACAAAGGCUAAUGACAAGGAACAAAUCUAAUUCAGCCAGCUAUGCAGCAUGGAGAGUUCAUUCAGAGGUUACAAUGGGUUUUGUGCAGGUGUUAUAAUUUGUUUAAGCUUAAAAGUGAUCGCCUUUUUCAACAUCAAACUUCAAAAUCGAAAAUUUGAAACAUCACUGUUCCCUUUGUUUAGGAAUCUGAAUAGUUUUAUAUUUCUGUAUGGUUGUACAGUCUUGUCAUAAUACCUUAUGAAUAUGAUUUUUGUUUGUGAGUUUGUGUUUGGUUUUAGAUUACCAGUAAAUUCGAAGAUUUGCACUAAGUCAGUUCAGUUGCUCUGCGUCAGGGUGUUUUAGCUUAUGUGUGCAUGAAUGCCUUAAACCAUUUUUUAAUUCAUGUCAGAGUCUAUCUUUUAUUGGAUUAAAUUGGUGUGUUUUUCUUCUGCUUUCA